AGAGUUCCUUCAUGCCGUGAAUUAGUUUUCAAACAUGGCUUCCGAAGCUGAGGCGGGCGCUGGAGCUGUUGUUGAGGGAGAAACCGCGGAAAGAGAUGCAUCAUUAGGAGACCUAACGGCAAGCAUGGAGUCUGAGUCCUCCAGUGGAAAAGAGCCUGCGGUGAGUGAGGGUCCUGAGGGUACAGACACGCAAACCGGCUCAGGAGAUGAGGAGAACAGACGACAGCUGGGUGAAGUCGAGCUCCAGUGUGCACUGUGUAUGAAGUGGUUCACGGCAGACACGUUUGGCAUCGACACCGCGACCUCCCUUCCAUUCAUAACCAAUUAUGUGUUCCACUGCAAUGUGUGUCAUCACAGUGGAAAUACGUACUUCUUGAAGAAGCCAGCGAAUCUGAAGGAGAUGUGCCUCACUACUCUGGCUAAUCUGACAUGGACGUCACGGACUCGCGAGGAUCAUCCCAAGACCAUGUUUUCCAAAGAUAAGGAUAUUAUUCCCUUCAUUGAUAAGUACUGGGAGUGUCUGACAACUCGUCAGAGACCAGGAAAGCUCACAUGGCCGAAUAAUAUAGUAAAGACUAUGAGUAAAGAGCGUGAUGUAUUCCUUGUGAAGGAACAUCCUGACCCUGGAAGUAAAGAUCCUGAGGAAGACUACCCCAAGUUUGGUCUGCUUGAUCAGGACUUGGCCAACAUCGGACCAUCAUAUGACAGCCAAAAGCAAACCACCGCUGUUACAACAGGGGGCAGUCUGAAUGGUGGAUCGACAUUUUCAGGUGGCCUUCCUCCACCUGGUACGGGUAAAGGCCGAGGCGCCAAACGCAAGCAGCAACAGCAGCAGGAUGGAACCACUGCAGGAACAGCCAAGAGGACACGAAGUGACCCCUUGUUUUCAGCACAGCGCCUGCCUCCUCACGGCUAUCCUCUUGAGCACCCAUUUAACAAAGACGGCUAUCGAUAUAUCCUGGCUGAGCCAGACCCCCACGCACCCGACCCGGAAAAACUGGAGCUAGACUGCUGGGCAGGAAAACCCAUCCCCGGAGAUCUGUACCGAGCAUGUCUCUAUGAGAGAGUGCUGCUUGCCCUGCAUGAUCGAGCUCCCCAGUUAAAGAUCUCUGAUGAUCGUCUGACUGUGACUGGAGAAAAAGGCUACUCAAUGGUGCGAGCAUCUCAUGGGGUACGAAAGGGGGCCUGGUACUUUGAGGUGACCAUAGACGAGAUGCCCCCUGACACUGCUGCCCGCCUCGGUUGGUCCCAACCGUUAGGUAAUCUUCAGGCUCCUCUCGGCUACGAUAAGUUCAGUUAUUCGUGGCGCAGCAAAAAGGGCACACGCUUCCAUCAGUCCAUUGGGAAACAUUAUUCCGAUAGUUACGGACAGGGAGACAUCCUGGGCUUCUUCAUCGAGCUACCGGACAGCACAGAGAUUGCAAAGGCACUGCCUGACACUUACAAGGACAAAGCACUGAUUAAGUUUAAAAGCUACCUCUACUUUGAAGAGAAGGAUUACGUGGACAAGGCAGAGAAGAGCUUGAAGGCAGUGAAUAACAGUCGAAUGAUUUUUUACAAGAACGGCGUGAAUCAGGGGCUGGCUUAUGAGAACCUGUUUGAGGGAAUGUAUUUCCCUGCCAUAUCACUCUACAAAAAUUGUCAGGUAUCAGUGAAUUUUGGACCACAUUUCAAACACCCACCAAAAGACGUCAAGUUCCAGCCAAUGAGUGAUAUGGGCUGGGGUGCAGUGAUCGAACAUUCUCUAGCAGACAUCCUUUACCAUGUGGAAACGGAGGUCGAUGGCCGGCGCAGCCCCCCAUGGGAAGGUUAACCGCAGAUUUCUUCAGCUACACACGUUAAAGGAAAACAUGAUGUCUGGGUACUGGAUCUGUACCAUGUGGCUGAUUUACCACAAGCAAUUCUAACAUGUUUUCUCGUAUCAAGAAAAGAAUGGAAAACCCAUUUCUCUUAAACUCAUUUAUAAUGAUAGCGGCUUAAAAAUCCUUUAAAAUACUCAAAUAUCAUGUGAUUUUAAGAUCACAACUGCAACAUGUUCUGAGGAAACAGACAUGAGGGAACGCUUACCGUGGUGUAGAUUGUUUAUUGUCGCUCUAAUGUUGCUGUAAUGUUUCACGGCUGUUUCUUAAAUGUAACUACGAGCAGUCGUUUCAGUUAAAAGUAUAACGGUGUUUGGUUAAAAAAAAAAAAAAAAAAAAAAGGAUUAUUGUGGUAUAAAGGGACUGAAAAGAAAAAAACAUUUCAGGAUGUGCUAUAAUUAGAAAAUAAUCAGUCUUGUAGCACUGUAGCGAAGGAGCAAAGAGCAAUUCCUGUUUAAGUCGGUGAUUCAUAUAUACAAGUACUGUAGAAGUUACACUUAACUAACAUAAAUACUUGUUUAUUGUCACUAAACUAUAAAUGAGAAUUGAGUUAAUGGGUUUUCUGUUGUUUUUCUUCGUAUAAUGAAAUGUGUCAGUUCUGCUCCAUGGUUCUUGCACAGACAUUACAUAUGCGCUGGGUAGAAAUUCAGUUGAAAUACGCUAGAACAUUCCUUUAAUGUGAAGCCUUACCCGUGAAGCUAAUACACUUCUAAACGCCCAAAUCACAACUGUACUUCAUCUCUGUUUCAUUUUUCACUCGUCAGUGAAUCUGCUGUGCAAAGUACACAGCAUCUUUCAGAGAAAUGUAAGGCUCAGAGACAUUUCUAGCGAGUGAGGAACAUUCGGAUGUUUAUUACACUGUUAAAUUAUGGUCCUGAAUCUGUACCGUCGACAGUGAAGCCUUAUGUGAGUUAUUAUCCUGCUCAUGUGUGUUAUCCAAUGUGUAUUAUUAUCAAGAAAUUGUAUCACAUCAUUGCUGAGAGUUAAAGUAAAGUACAGGAGUUCUUGUGUGCCAUUGUUUCUUUUACUCAUGAUACAUGAAAUAUGUGAUAUGGCUGGAGUUGGUUUUAAAAAAUUCUAAACUCCAACAUAUUCUCUGUCGCAUAUCAGACACCAGAAAUAACAGGCCAUACAUUUAGUCCUAGUUUUUUUUCUUUGAGCCCUCUUUAUUUUAAUUCCUCGUUAGUAAAUUCCAUAAAAGUUGUUCGCUUGGAUGUAAAGUAUGUUUUAUUUUAUUGGUGUUUCCAUAUCCCUAAGCUUUGUUUUAUACUGAAACUUGUUUUAAUAAAGUUAAAUAUUGUGAAA